GUUGCAGCAGCAACGACGAACACAGUGGGUCAGAGAACCAAUCAAAACACUGCGUUUUUGCGCAUUUGCAAUAUAUUCAUAUACAACAACUGUGCCGCUUGCCUAGCAUAAUGUCUAGGGUUUAUUUACUGCCGGUGGCAGUCUUUCUAAUAUUCCAGGUGACAUUCCUGGGCACUUAUAUUGUGGCUGUUCUCGAAGGACAUGUGGUGCCCACAGUGCCGUACAUCAGUGAUGCAGCCACCUAUUCGCCUGAAAGCUGCAUAUUUGGUCAAUUAAUUAACAUCGGCAGUGUGCUAUUGGGAAUCACCAUUUAUAUACGCUAUCGCCAUGUGUUGCAAUUGUGCGAACAUAAUCCGGAACUGGGCAGCGUCGUGCUACGUCACAAUCGCUGGGCCUUGUGGUUCGGCAUGUUGUCCUGCCUGGGCAUCAGUUUCGUGGGCAACUUCCAGGAGACGAAUGUGCGGAUUGUGCACUUCAUUGGGGCCUUCUGCUGCUUUGGCUGUGGCACGCUCUACUUCUGGAUGCAGGCCCUCAUCACAUACAUGAUUGUACCCAUGGCGGGCACUCGUUUGUCCGCCCAUCUUCGACUGGGAAUGUCCGUUUGUUGCACCAUCCUGUUCAUCAUGCUGGCGGUGACUGGAGUGAUGUCGCACAUUCUCUUCAAUGGACAAAAUCCACGUCAAUGGUAUCCUUCGGAUGGCGGCUGGUAUUAUCAUGUGAUUAGCUCCAUUUCGGAAUGGAUUAUUGCCACGAUCUUUAGCUUUUUCAUAUUGAGUUUCACGCCCGAGUUUCGCGAUGUUUCGCUGGAUCAUCCGCAGAUCUCGCUGCUAUCAUACUCAAUGACUGUAUAGAAAUCUAUGUGAUGAUGAUAAUUAUGAACACUAUAUAAAGUUCUUCAAUGUCGAUAUGGAUUGCCAUUAAGCUUUGCUGCACUCCAAAAAAAAGAAGAAAAAUUACAAUACAAAAAAAAAAACAGAAUACGUUAAACAAAAUCAAUCUAAUCAAUCGUAUUGUCUAAGGCCCAACAAUUAAUCCAUGUGUAUGUAGAAUAGCGAGUAUCCGUAUAGUUAAAUAUAACUUGGAAACUGUUCAUUAUUGUAUAUAUGAAACCAUGGCGACAAAGGAUUACUUAAUGCCCAGCAGCUAUAUAGAGAGUAUACAAAGGGUUCAAUGACAUGUGACAAAGACACUUUCGAAUUCGUUCAAGUAAAUGUGUCUUUGGUUGAUAAAAUCUAAAAUUUACGAAUUCUUUGAGAAGCUCUCUGUCGGUCUAUCUCUGAUAACUACAUAAGUUUGAGGAUCCUAAGCAGAUGCACUAUGUAAUAUUCAUUUUAAAGCUACAACACCAUCUAUAGUAUAUAUCCCAUAGCGGAUAUAACUUACAAAUUGUACAACGAUCGCAUAAUAAACUUGCAAGAAGCAAUACAUUGUAAUUACUUUA